CCUCUCUCGGCUUCUUCGGCUGAACCGGAAAUAAUUGGUUGGCAUUAGCAACGUUUCGGCCGAUCCAGGCCAGAAUACAGAGAUAGCAGAAGAAACAGAAACAAAGAGACAGGUUUGAAACUGCUAAUUUACGCGUUUUCCACUGUGUGCGCAAAACACACUGAAGAACAGGCUAACAUUCCUGUUGAGCCUCAUACUGAGAUUGUGAGGCAAGAGACUAUAACAGAAUGACAAGCUCCUCUACCCCUAGAAUGCACACGUACAAGAGGACUUCCAGCCCUCGAUCACCAACGAAUACAGGAGAGCUUUUCACACCAGCACAUGAAGAAAAUGUGCGCUUCAUCCAUGAUACUUGGCUUUGUGUUUUAAGAGACAUUAAAUCCCCACAAAAUAGUGAACGUAAUGAUCGUGGACCACAGGAGUAUGUGGAGAAAAACCCAAAUCCCAACCUACAUUCUUUUAUACCAGUGGACCUGAGUGACCUUAAGAAGCGGAACACACAAGACUCCAAGAAGUCUUAAACCGUUCCCUCUCUUUCUGAUCCAGCAGUUUUUGUCCUCCUUUUACAUUUGGGACCUUUUUACUCUAUCAGUCUUCUGUCGGCCAACAAAGAGCCACAAGCUGGAAGAUUUAGCCACCUUAGUCCAGAAAGCUUCUCUUUUCUCUGCCUGUUGGACCUGUGGUCUGGACUUACAGGCUGACAUCUAUUUAUGCGUUACAUUUUCAAGAGGGCUCUCUGAUCUCUCUCUCUC